CCCGCCGACGAGGAUUGUUAAAAUGAGUCUUCAGAAGCAAACCCCUAGUAACUUCUUAAAGCAAAUCAUUAGACGACCAGUUGUGGUAAAAUUAAAUUCUGGAGUGGAUUAUCGAGGGGUCCUGGCUUGCCUGGAUGGCUACAUGAAUAUAGCCCUGGAGCAGACAGAGGAAUAUGUAAAUGGACAACUGAAGAAUAAGUAUGGGGACGCAUUUAUCUGAGGAAACAAUGUGUUGUACAUCAGUACACAGAAGAGAAGGAUGUGAAGACACCAAGAGAGCAACACUUUUCAUAGUUGGAUAUAUUUUUUUAUGAAUUUUUUUCUAAUUUUUGCUUCUUUUGCAAUGUAAUUUGUCCUGUUUUUAUAAUAAUUGGUGAUUUUUCACUGACA